GACAUUUUGUCAGAGUGGUGGUAGUCGAUAAAGUGAAUACUGGAAAAUAUACAGAAAAAGUAAAUUUCUUUAGUAAAUUCUUUGCCAUUUCGUAGUCUUUUUGCGUGCCACACACAGCAACUUCAGGUGUUAGUCGAACCCAAGUACACCCAAUUUGCAAAUAUCUUAUUAGUUGCAACAUCUAAUCUCCUGUAAGUCAGCGAGCAGAACAAAGAAAGCAGAAAAAUGAGUGAAGGUUGUUAUUUCAAUAUUGAUGGUGGCUACUUGGAAGGUUUGUGCCGUGGUUUCAAGUGUGGCAUAUUGAAGCAGUCGGACUACCUAAAUCUGGUGCAGUGUGAAACUUUGGAAGAUUUGAAAUUGCAUCUUCAGAGUACUGACUAUGGCAGUUUUUUGGCCAAUGAACCAUCACCACUUUCCGUUUCGGUCAUUGAUGACAAGCUACGCGAGAAACUUGUCAUUGAAUUCCAGCAUCUCCGUAAUCAUGCUGUAGAGCCAUUGGCCAGCUUCUUGGACUUCAUAACCUAUGGCUAUAUGAUUGAUAACAUCAUUUUGCUCAUCACUGGUACUCUACAUCAGCGUCCAAUUUCUGAAUUGAUUCCCAAAUGCCAUCCAUUGGGUAGUUUCGAACAAAUGGAGGCAAUUCAUGUUGCUGCCACACCUGCUGAGUUGUACAACGCUGUAUUGGUUGAUACACCAUUGGCACCAUUCUUUGUUGAUUGUAUUUCCGAACAGGAUUUGGAUGAAAUGAACAUUGAAAUCAUUCGUAACACCUUGUACAAGGCCUACUUGGAGGCUUUCUAUGAAUUCUGCAAGAAGUUGGGUGGUUCCACCGCCGACGUUAUGUGCGAAAUCUUGGCUUUUGAAGCCGAUCGCCGUGCCAUUAUCAUCACGAUAAACUCUUUCGGUACUGAAUUGUCCAAGGAUGAUCGCGCCAAGUUGUAUCCCCGUUGUGGUAACAUGCACCCAGAUGGUUUGGCGGCUUUGGCACGCGCUGAUGACUACGAACAGGUGAAGACGGUAGCUGAGUAUUAUGCCGAAUAUGCUGCACUCUUUGAUGGUUCUGGCACCAAUCCUGGAGAUAAGACACUUGAAGAUAAAUUCUUCGAGCAUGAAGUUAAACUCAAUGUUUACGCUUUUAUGCAGCAGUUCCACUUUGGAGUUUUCUAUGCGUACUUGAAGUUGAAGGAACAGGAGUGCCGCAAUAUUGUGUGGAUUUCUGAGUGUGUUGCUCAGAAGCAUCGUGCGAAAAUCGACAACUACAUACCCAUUUUCUAAAUCACAUAAUCAUAUUGUUGUUUUUUGGGUUGUUGCUGUCCCUCGUGUGAGUUUUACAUAUUUCUUCGUUUAAAAUAAAUAAAUUGCAUUUGUUUUAUUCGACUGAAAUAGUUAGCUUAAACUAACGCGCGUAAAUGAAUUGUUAACAGUAUCUUUUGUGCAUGUAUAUACCAAUAUAAAUUAAUUUACUUCAUUUGCAUAUGUGCGCUGCAAUAGAAAGAAAAUUAUUAUAUUUCGUUCCGGUAUAAACUUAACGCUAAAUCUUUUUGUGAAUAUUAUUGUUAUGAAAGAAAACAUACCUAUACACACAUGCAUAUAUUAAAUGAAUGUACACAAACUACAUAUAAAUAUAUGGAAAUAUAAUGUAUUAAAUAACAUGUUGUGCAAAUAUAUACAUAUAUCAAAAAUAGAUUGUAUUAAAAUUAAUAAAAUUAUUUCCAGACAUUCCUUAAA